CGGCGUGCUGCAAACUAGCUCUGGGCGGCGCGAGCCAGGUUGUCUCUUCUUGCUGGGUGCUGAAUGCAGACAUCGGGUGGACGAGGCUGAGGUGACUGCACCUCCUUCUUGAGAGCUUCGGGUUCUCAUAUUUGUCUUCUCUGCCUUACUCGUCUGUGUCCAGCGCCGGCCUGUCUUUCAAUUUGCUUUGUCCAUAUGUGCACCCGAACCAUUGCUGCUUAGCCUCAGCCUAGUAAAACUGACCUCACAAAUGACAUGUUUAAGUCAGACCUGCCAAGACGUAUGAUUUGAAGGAACUGUAACUCAUACAAGUUUUUCAGUUUACUUAACCUAAACUGUCAGAUGUCUGCAAUUGUUUGUGACCUCAGGGGCUCAUGACUCCCAGAGGGGGGAUAAGAUGUGGUGAUCUCUAGUGCUUGAGAUCCCAUUACUGUAUAGUUACACAUAUGACAUCGUACACGCGAAGGGGUCAGAAACCAGGGACUUUGCUACCAUGCAGCAGACGACCAAAUUCUUUCUCCGAGCUUUGAAGCAUAGUGUUCCUCACCCUGGGAAAUGCAUGCAGAAACAGAAUUACUGUAACUUCGCCAACCAUUGUUACAAUAGAAUAAGAUUGAAAAAGUAUCACCUGCAGAAUAAAUCCAAGAUAUCAGAAUUAGCAAGAAACGUCCCGAGUCGGAGCUUCUCAUGUAAGGAUCUUCUGCCUAUUAAGCUAGAAAACGAAAACUCCCAUUCUGAAAGCAUGGAUGCAUUUGAAAAAGUGAGAACAAAAUUGGAAACUCAGCCCCAAGAGGAAUAUGAAAUCAUCAAUGCCGAGAUUAAGCAUGGCGGUUUUGUUUAUUAUCAAGAAGGUUGCUGCUUGGUUCGUUCCAAAGACGAAGAAGACAGUGAUAAUUAUGAAGUCUUGUUCAACCUGGAGGAACUCAAAUUGGACCAGCCCUUCAUUGAUUGUAUCAGAGUUGCUCCCGAUGAGAAAUACGUGGCUGCCAAGAUAAGGACUGAGAAUUCGGAAACAUCCACCUGCAUAGUCGUGAAGCUCAGCGAUCAGCCUGUAAUGGAAGCGUCUUUCCCCAACGUGUCCAGUUUUGAAUGGGUGAAGGAUGAGGAAGAUGAAGAUGUCUUAUUCUACACCUUCCAGCGGAACCUUCGCUGCCAUGACGUGUAUCGAGCCACAUUUGGUGACAACAAACGUAACGAGCGUUUCUACACAGAAAAGGACCCAAGCUAUUUUGUUUUCCUGUAUCUUACAAAAGACAGUCGUUUCCUCACCCUAAAUAUUAUGAACAAAAUGACUUCUGAGGUGUGGCUGAUAGACGGCCUGAGCCCUUGGGACCCGCCAGUGCUGAUUCAGAAGAGAAUACAUGGGGUCCUUUACUAUGUCGAGCAUCGAGACGACGAACUAUACAUCCUCACUAAUGUUGGAGAACCUACAGAGUUCAAGCUGAUGCGAACAGCAGCUGAUGCCCCUGCCAUUAUGAACUGGGAUUUAUUUUUCACAAUGAAGAGAAACACCAAGGUUGUAGAUUUGGACAUGUUCAAGGACCACUGCGUUCUGUUCCUGAAGCACAGCAACCUCCUCUACGUCAACGUGAUUGGUCUGGCUGAUGACUCCGUCCGCUCUCUCAAGCUCCCUCCGUGGGCCUGUGGAUUCAUAAUGGAGACAAAUUCUGACCCAAAGAACUGCCCCUUUCAGCUUUGCUCACCAAUACGACCUCCAAAAUAUUACACAUAUAAAUUUGCAGAAGGCAAAUUGUUUGAGGAAACUGGACAUGAAGAUCCAAUUACAAAGACUAGUCGUGUCUUACGCAUGGAAGCCAAAAGCAAGGAUGGAAAAUUAGUGCCGAUGACAAUUUUCCACAAAAUGGAUUCUGAGGACUUGCAGAAGAAGCCUCUCUUAGUACAUGUGUAUGGAGCGUACGGGAUGGAUCUGAAAAUGAAUUUCAGGCCUGAGAGGCGGGUCUUGGUGGACGAUGGAUGGAUCUUAGCGUACUGCCAUGUUAGGGGUGGUGGAGAGCUGGGCCUCCAGUGGCAUGCUGAUGGCCGUCUAACAAAAAAACUCAAUGGCCUUGCCGACCUAGAGGCUUGCAUUAAGACGCUUCAUAGUCAAGGCUUUUCUCAGCCGAGCCUAACAACUUUGAGCGCUUUCAGUGCUGGAGGAGUGCUUGCGGGAGCACUGUGCAAUGCCAAGCCAGAGCUGCUGCGAGCCGUGACUCUGGAGGUGAGUGCUCGCGUUUCUCAGCACGGGCAGCCGGGCCGCUGGUCACAGAGGUGAAAGCCGUGAGUUCUAAGGCAGAGCAGAGCUGUUAAGUUUAAACAGAACUGUGUCUCUAGGAGAGCUUGUGAAAUUAUCUUAACCCACUGUGUGUUCUUCCCUGACGAUCAUCUUUUUGGAUCUUGCAGGAUUUCCA